AUUCUUCAAAUUAGCUUGCAAGUAAUCUGUCUCUAAAACCGUUCUUUCAAUCUAGAGCAGAAAUUAUGUUGGUGACGACUUGCUGAAAAGCCAAAGAACCAAGCAGCACAAUCAUCUCAAAAACCAUGGAGACCUUUUGAAUUUUAUGAGAUCCAUACAUGAAUUCAGGUAAAUCACUUUUAAGUUCAAUUUGUUUCAAAGAAUGGCAGCUGAUACAAAGUUGCUCAUGGACUUCCAAUUUGUAGGUCUCUUUCUGUUGAGUUUUCAUCAACUAAGCUGUACCCCAGACUCCAGGGACAUCUCAAUCCAUAGUGAUUCUUUUAACUCCUCGAAGAUUGUUGGUUGUUUUAAUUUGUCCACAGGAAUGCAAAACAUGGAUUCGAGUUCUGUUAGGUGUUAUGGUUUCCAUAGGGUUUGAUUGCUGUAUUUGUAGGCCAUCCAUUGGCCUUGAAACACCUAACAAAAUGCUCAUCGAACAAGCAAAAAGCAAUUGGGAAGCCACUGUCACCAAGAAAAAUUAAGAAUGAUUCUGGUUCUAAUCUCUUGGAGGUGCUCAAUUUCAGUCAACUGUGAGAAUGAUAGGAUGUUGAUCAGUCUAUAAUACCUUGAGUAGGUAAAUUGCUUCUAAGUUCAAUUUGUUUCAAAGAAUGGCAACUGAUGCAAAGUUGCUCAUGGACUUCCAAUUUGUAGGUCACUUUCUGUUGAGUUGUCAUCGACUAAGCUGUACCACAGACUCUAAGGACAUCUCAACUCAUAGUGACUCUAACUCCUUGAAGGGAAAUCAAGAUGAAAACAGAAAGUGUCAACCAUGACAACCAGUAGCUAACCAUGGAGAUCAAUGGUAUGGUAUUGUAGACCCAGUGGUGGCGAACGUGAUUUGCUCGAUAUGUUUUUUGUCUUGAAAUGGUGAUGAAGAGAUUUGAACCCACUUUCCAACAUAGGUCACAUCUCUCCUGACAAUUCAGCCAACACCAGCAGUGUCAUUUGCGCUGGCAACCCAGUGAUGAUAUGGCAAGUCUCCGAAGUGAAGAAAUUUCAUCCAGAUCAAUCAAUGCAAAGUGGAAGAUGCAUAAAUAUUUAAGGCGAUCAAGUGCGAUAUUCUGUCAAAUUAGUUGCUAACUAACAGACAUGAAAUGUGUGGAAGGGCAAGUUACACUUGCUAAUGUUGUCUCGAAUUUUGAUUGCAACAACGGAUGCAUUUGCUAUUGAGUACAAAAGAGCGAUGUGAGAUUGGGUGUAUUGGGAAGCUUCUAUCGAAGCUAGGGUCGAGAUUUUAACAGUUGUAUCCAUUUCUUUACAUUGUAAAGUUUCUAUUCGGCUCUUCCGGUGAAAUUUUGUAAUUGUUCUUUUAUCGUUCUUUCAUCAUCUUUUUUUGUAUCAAAAUAGUUGAGAACGUGAAAAUUGCACCAAAUUGGAACUAAUGUAUGUACUUCACCCCAAAAAGUUAUCUUCAAUGAAUAAAGAUUGUGAUGUUCC